GCUAGCAGCAUUAUUCUGAAAUAUCUCAAUGAUCAGAACAGACCUUACAGCACCCAGGAUGUGUUCAGUAACCUGCAAAGGGAUCACGGUCUAGGAAAAACGGCAGUUGUCAAGACCAUGGAGUUGCUGGCUCAAAAAGGGAAGAUCAAGGAGAAAGUUUAUGGAAAACAGAAAAUCUACUUUGCAGAUCAGGAGCAGUUUCCAAGCGUUAGUGACUCAGAGCUUAAGGAUCUCGAUGCCCAAGUCACAGAACUUUCUAGCAAACUGCAGAGUUCUCAGCAGAGCUGCCGCCAGCUGGAGUCAGAGCUGAAAGAUUUGACCAGCUCCUUAACCACAGAGGAGAUGCUAAAAGAAGUCUCUUGCUUAAAGGAAGAAUGUGACAGACAUGAGCACAAACUGACAAACAUAAAGUCUGCCACGAAUCACGUUACUCCUGCAGAAAAAGAAAAGGUCUACGGUGAGCGAAAACAUUUCUGCAAAGAAUGGAAAAAGAGAAAACGGAUGGCAACAGACAUUUUUGAUGCAAUUCUUGAAGGAUAUCCCAAAAGCAAGAAGCAGUUUUUUGAGGAAGUUGGAGUUGAGACAGAUGAAGACUGCAAUGUGACCGUGCCAGAUGUGUGAUUCUUACAUCAUUUGGACAGUAUGAACAAAGUUGUACUGAAAAGAUUCAGGGAGUCUGGAACACAUAAACGUGUCUUAUAGCGAAGACUUGCAAUGGAAACCAUUAAUGCACAAGAGCGUUUAUUCUUCCUGAUCAUUACUGCACACAUUUAUCCAGAUAGUUGUAUUGGAAUUGGCUGCUUGUAAGCAGAAGUCUCAUUGUUUGUUUGUAGCCCAUGAAGACAACAGAACUGGCUGAAAGUUAUACGUGAGUUUCAUGUGGGUAAUACAGCCAGCUGAUACGCCAAAUAUCCGGUGUGAGUAUCCGCUGUAUCCCAAAUAUCUGCUGUAUCACAGAGAAAGAUGUUCCUUGCAUCAGUUAAUAAGGGAAAGUUAUGUUUGAUAUCACUGUUAAUGUAUAUUGCACUGAAGCAAGUGCUACAAUUGACAAUUAAAUAUUUUUUUUCUCAACGA